AUGGUGAAGCCCUCCGAUUUCAAAGCAGUCCACAGACUUAUUCAAUCGCAUUACAGUCGAGUCAACCCAGUCACAACUAGCCGGUCAAAACUCUUCGCUUCGUCUUCUCCGGCUUUUCCUUCAAAUGGAGUUUCUCAGCUUCAGCCUAAGUCCAGUUUCCACAGCUUCUCGUCGAACAACGUUGGCUUAUCCCAGAUUCUAUCACGUCCUCAGCUCGUUCCCAAUUCGCAGAUUAGCGGCCUAGCCCUGGUUAAGCCCCGUGUGAAUAUGAACUUUGCGUCGGCGUUUAGAUUGUUCUCCAGCUCCGGGUUUCGAAAAGUCGAUGGGAAUUUCGCUAGGAAGAUUGUUGACAAGCCAAUCAACGCUGUUACUUCGACUUUUGGUAGAUACCGAGUGGCUUUAGGGUUGCAAGUUGAUGCCUUUUGGAAGAAGAACAAUCUUUUGGUGUUUGGAGCUGGAGGUGUGUUUGUGUGUAUCUUCCUGUGGAGGAUCAUGUUUGGAAUUGCUAGCACUUUCGUUGGUCUCUCUGAAGGAAUGGCCAAGUACGGCUUCCUUGCUCUCUCCUCUGCCAUCGUCGCAUUUGCUGGUUUGUACCUUCGAGCAAGGUUCACGAUAAAUCCGGAUAAAGUUUACAGGAUUGCCAUGAGGAAGCUCAAUACAGCGGCUGAUAUUCUUGAAGUUGUGGGUGCUCCUCUGGCAGGAUCAGAUUUACGUGCUUAUGUCAUGUCAGGUGGUGGCCUAACAUUGAAAAACUUCAAGCCAACAAUAAGAAGCAAGCGCUGCUUUCUACUAUUCCCGGUUCAAGGUUCUGAGAGAAAGGGCCUCGUUAGUGUCGAAGUCAAGAAGAAGAAAGGCCAGUAUGACAUGAAGCUAUUGGCAGUGGAUAUUCCGAUGGCGUCUGGUCCUGAUCAACGGUUAUUCCUCAUUGGUGAUGAAGAAGAGUACAGAGUCGGUGGUGGUUUGAUCUCUGAGUUAAGAGAUCCUGUGGUAAAAGCAAUGGCAGCGACCAAGGAGUUUGAUAAUCUUGACAGAAUUGAAGAGGAAGAAGACGAGGAAAGAGAACUUCUAGAAGCCGAAAGAAAGGAACGUGAAGACAUCGAGAAGCUAGAGAAAGAGAGCUCUUAG